AUGGCUGAAUUAAUAGAUCGUCCUCGUUCAGAAUUAACUGAACUUGAACUUCAAAAAUUGGAGGAGUUUGAGUUCACACAUGGACCUAUGUCUUUAUUACAGAAUGCUGUGAAUAAUGGAAGCCCCGUUGUUAUUUCAUGUCGUAACAAUCAUAAACUUAUUGCGAAGGUAAAGGCUUUUGAUAGACACUGUAAUUUGAUAUUAGAAAAUGUUAAAGAAUUGUGGACAGAAUCCGUUAAGAAUAAUAAGGGCAAAAAGAUAAAGUCCACGUCUAAAGAAAGAUUUGUAUCGAAGAUGUUCUUGAGAGGUGAUUCCGUUGUUAUUGUCUUGAAGGCCCAGGCUUCAUAA